AAUACCAGAAGCCCUUAACUAGAGACUAAUGCUAAUGAAUAAGUUAAAUGAUCACGAGAGAUGAUCAGCUGAACAGAGUAUUCUCUACAGCCUUUAAGAAGACGAAGGACACGAAACAGCAGGAUACUACUUUGAAAACCCUCCAACUUGUCAAGAAGAGAAUUGUGCAACAUGCACUUAAGAAGGAAAACAAGAAAAAAACAAGCAGCAAAAGUAGUAGCAGCAGCAGCUCAAGCUCCAGUACAGACGAAAGUAAAAAGGAAGUAAAGAAAUCAAAGAAUCAAUUAAAAACAAAAUCACCAGGCAAACAAGCGGUUGUACGCCCUCUUCCAAGCCCGCCGCGUGUUUCUAAAACAUGAGAUGUGGCUGUUAAUUUGUCAGGUUAUUUACCAUGAGUGAAAUUCAAAAUAUAAAGUAAAAAAUACAAUAUAAAUAUAUAUAUAUAAGAGCUGUUAUUUAUUACCAAUUGUACUCAGGACGAGAAAUAAAUAUUUUAAAAUAGUCAAAUCUGUCUCAGGCAUGCAUUUACUGGGAUCAUGCGAGAGCCGAAUUCAAAAAGUUCAGAUAACGCACAGAUAACAUAUUUAGACUCGAAGUAUUUGCAUCGUUUUUCAAGGGAGCUUUUGCUGUUGCACGAUUCUUAAGUUUUUCGGACCUUUGUGGUUUGCAAAGUUCUUCUGAGUGGUGGUUGGCUAAUGGGUGCGUGUAAAAAAUAAAAGGAAAAAACACUCUAUGGAUGAAGUGGCUUAAAAGAACAGCUACCCGAGCCACUAAGCAUGCCGAUAACCGACCCGCUAAACUGAAAUCCCUCGCUUUGGCCUCAGUUCAAACUUUAGGCAGGCAUAUCGCACAUUCUUUUAUUUGCAGAAAAAAACGGAAAAUUGAAUAAUGCUGGUGGGUUUUUGGUCGAAAGUUAAAGGGUUAAGGCUGGGUAAAAAGAGAACAAAAUUGGAAUCAAAAACUGGUAGACGCUAUGGAUUCAACGACUCUUUUUAAACGGUUAUGUCGGGUAGUAGAGUGAUAUAUGAACCAAACUAAGUCUCCCACAAUUUAGUCAAAAACAUAUUACAAAAACGAUAUUUCUCGCGUAGCACUCGGUAUAAAGGAUAACAAAUGCUGAGGAAUUUGCCAGAGUGCUCAAAUGCUGUAACGACAGACAGAGGCUUCUCUUAAAGUUCAUCAGUGUUUGUUUCUCAAAAAUUAAGUAUUUGAGGACUCUUUACACAUUUCUGAGUAUUCUCUAAGAUGUUUCAACAUUUUCUAAAUCUAUGUUUUCCAACAUAGAU